AAAAGAAAAGAAAGGCCAUUGAUUAGGAGACGAAGAUUAAAAGAGAAAAGCGAGAAAAUUAUGACGAGUAAGAACGGAAGCGGAGGAAAUGAUCGGAACGAAGACGAGAUGAUGUCUAAACUGACCAUAUCUACAUUGCAAGCUAGGGAAGAGGAGAUUGAGAAGAAGAAGAUGGAAGUAAAAGAAAAGGUCGAAUUUCAAUUAACCCGUGCAGAGGAAGAAGCCAAACGCUUGGCACAAAUUUGGGAAGAGCUGGAGGUAAUGGGAGAUCCAAUGGAAAAGGAAGUUGGUAAUGUGCGAAAAAGAAUCGACACGGUCAAGAGAGAACUGAAAUCUCUGGGACAGAUUUGCCAAAAGAAGGAAAAAGAGUGUAAGGAAGUCCAGGAUAUAUUCAACGAAAAAAGCAACGAGAAAGCUCAGCUGCUCGCUACACUAAUGGAGCUGCUGGGCCAGAGUGAGAAAUGGAGGAUGAAAAAGCUCGAGGAGUUGAAUAAGAAUAUAGAAUCAACAAACUGAUCGAUGAGUGCAUCAAACGAAAAGAUAUGAAUAACUAUAGUCGUAUCAGUAGCACGUUACUUUUCUUUUUAACUUUAUAUUUCUGAAGUGUUUAAAGAUAACAUUCAGGCCAUAUUCCCUAUGCAAGACUAGUAGAGAGUCUCUGAUCAAUAUCAUAAUUAGAAUCAACAAUAUUAUUAUUAUUAUUUUUUUUUUUGUACAUUUUCCCUUCAAAUUUUACUUGGUUUUAGGUCUUUGGAUUUUGAAAAAGAUAUAUAGAAAGUAGAUAACAAAAUAAAAUAAAAUAAAUAAUAAAACAACAAUAUAGUGACGAGCAUAAUGUUCAUAAGUAUAAUUUUCACAAAUCCAAAACAAAAAAAUUAAGGUCCUAUUUGAUAAUCAUUUGAAUUUUUGAAAAUUAAUCCUAUAAACACUACUUUCGUAUGAGUUUUUUUUUUUUUUUUUUUUGUUUUGUUUUGUUAUCUACCUUCUAACAAUGUAUUCAAAAUACAUGCCAAGUUUUGAAAACUAAAAAAACACAUUGUUUAGCUCCCGUUUGGUAAUCAUUUGAUUUUUUGCUUUUAUUUUUUAAAGUUAAGCCUAUUUCAUCCACAUUUCUUAUAAUGAUUUAUAUCUUUCUUAAAUACAAUGGUUAAAUUCUUAGCUAAAUUCCAAAAACAAAAACAAUUUUUUGAAAGCUAUUUUUUUAGUUCUCAAAAUUUGGCCUUGUUUUUUAAACCGUUGGUGAAAGUAGAUAACAAAUGAACAAAUUUGGAGAUGAAAAUAGUGUGCAUAAACUUAAUUUUAAAAAACAAGCACAAAAAACAAAAUGGUUAACAAACGGAGUCUUAACAACUUAUUUUUGUUUUUAAAAUUUGGUUAAGAAUUCAAGUGUAUUAUCAGGAAGAAAUUGUGACGUUUAUCAACCCUUAUAGUUUAAAGAACAAACCCCGGGAUGGGUGAAUGUGUAUGGAUAAAGUUUUGCUCCGCCCCAAGCAAAUUAAACAGAUGGCCCAUAAGCUAUAUAACAAAUAAAAUAUGCAAGAAAUUGAAGAAAAAAGAAACUAUCAUUUUUUCCCCUUCCUCUUUUAAACAAUCUUUUAAGCAUUUUUAAUAGAAAUUGUACUUAAAAUCAUGGACUGAAUAAAAUGAUAUGCACGACAUGGGCCAUAUUCUGGCUGCAAAAGGCUCUCAGAUCAUGAGAAUAUGCAUGAACGAAGGGAUGACUUACAAAAUACGACGGAGAAAGCAU